ACAUUAUUAUCUGUAAUCCAGAGCCUCAGGCAAACUGUGCAGAGUGAUGUUUGGUUCACGAACAAAUCAUUCUUCUGAACUCGUUCUUUUUAGUGAUUUCAGCUAAAACCUUCUUUUCUGUUCUACUGAAGAAAAAAGUCACCUACAUCUUAGAUGGACAGAGGGUGAGUACAUUAACAGCAGUUUUCCAUUUUUGGGUGAAUUAUCCAUUUAAUGCCAGUUUGAAGUACAGCUCUAAUGAGGGGAUUUGUUAGUGUUUAUUUUUAAGCAUUGAGAUCCUGAAGGAUUUAAUUCUGGCUCAGGUUCAAUAAUACACUCAGGUCUUUAUUCUCCAUGUCCUGUCAUCGCUGUAUGAGUUUGCUUUUGUGAAACGUCUGUCUGGAUGUUUUAUUUGUGGCUUAAUGUGGGUUUCAGGGUGGGCAGGAGUGAGCUUGACAUGUUUGUGUUCCCCUGAAUGGGGGAGGUUGAGGCUUCUGGCCGGAGAGGGUGUCUGCACACACUCUCUCACACGCAGGCCGGCGCGUCUUUCUGAGUCCUCUCGAGCUGAUGGUGAUAUCUGUCUUCCUCUCUCUCUUUUAUCCAGUCUUCUCCUCUCUUGUGUGAGAUGAGGUCUCAAGUGUGCCAAUUCCACCCUGAAAAUGAUAUUUACCCUCUUUUAUUCUUUUGUCCCCUCUCUUCCUCUGUGUCUCACUUUCAGAGAGUGCUCACUAUAUUGGGACAGCGAGUAUCUAUGCACUACAGUGACCCAAAGCCCCGUGCUAAUGAAGACUGGCUCUGCAAUAAGUGUGGAGUGCAGAACUUCAAACGAAGAGAAAAGUGUUUCAAAUGUACAGUUCCCAAAUCAGAGGCUGAGUUGAAACUGCCUCUGGUGCCAAAGAGUUUACCUCUGGGGCAGUUAAAGGACUCAGCUCAGGGUUUACUGCCCCUUCCUGCCAUAUACCAGACAGCAGCUCCACUUCUCAGCUUAAGUUCCUCAUCUCAGGCUGCGGAGAUGGCCAAUGACACUCUGAUACUGAGGAAUCUGGGACCCCAUACGACGCUGGAGGCCAUUUUGUCAGCUCUGGCCCCGUUUGCUACUCUCUCACCUUCAAAUGUACGGCUCAUCAAAGACAAACAGACACAGCUCAACCGAGGGUUUGCUUUCCUGCAGCUCACUACUAUUGUGGAGGCGUCACAGCUGCUUCAGAUCCUCCAUUCCCUGCAGCCUCCUCUCUCUAUCGAUGGAAAGCUCAUCUCUGUGGAGUUUGCCAAGGGCUCCAAACGUGAUGUUUUUCUGACAGAUGGCAAUCGGGUGAGUGUGGCGACAGUAGCGAGUACAGCUAUAGCUGCAGCUCAGUGGGCCGUCACUCAGACGGCCCAGUUCUCUGCAGCGGCUCAGAGCAGUGAUAUUAGUGUGCACCAGCAGGGGGCAGCAGCAGCAUCUUUGUUUGGGCAGGGGGCCUUGCAGGUUGUCAGUGCAGAGGCGCAAGCCUUUAAAGAGCCAGUGCCUGCUGUACUGACUAGCUACACAACAUUAGGUGCUCCUGGAGGAGGAAGAGAGUCUACAGGAGAAGCAGGUGCUACCUCCAUAUUGGCAUCCCAGACUCAGCUUGUCGCCACGACAACCUUCAAACAGGCCAGUCAGGCCCCGGUGGAAAUCAUCGGGAAACCUCAGCCUGCUACCCUGAACCAGCCUGCUACACCUGGAACCGCUCUGGAGUGCCAGCAGUACCCGGAUCCUGACGUCUCCACGUACCAGUACGAUGAGAGCUCUGGCUAUUACUAUGACUCUCUUACAGGCCUCUACUACGACCCAAAUUCACAGGCCACUGUCCUUCAGCGUUCAUCUCCAACCCUUACACAAGAGUUGAACACACCUGAACCAGAGAUUGUCUUAUUAUUGGGAGAAGCGAGGGUCUGUGCUACUUAUCACUGGAAAAAGCCUCUGAUACUGAGGAAUCUGGGACCCCAUACGACGCUGGAGGCCAUUUUGUCAGCUCUGGCCCCGUUUGCUACUCUCUCACCUUCAAAUGUACGGCUCAUCAAAGACAAACAGACACAGCUCAACCGAGGGUUUGCUUUCCUGCAGCUCACUACUAUUGUGGAGGCGUCACAGCUGCUUCAGAUCCUCCAUUCCCUGCAGCCUCCUCUCUCUAUCGAUGGAAAGCUCAUCUCUGUGGAGUUUGCCAAGGGCUCCAAACGUGAUGUUUUUCUGACAGAUGGCAAUCGGGUGAGUGUGGCGACAGUAGCGAGUACAGCUAUAGCUGCAGCUCAGUGGGCCGUCACUCAGACGGCCCAGUUCUCUGCAGCGGCUCAGAGCAGUGAUAUUAGUGUGCACCAGCAGGGGGCAGCAGCAGCAUCUUUGUUUGGGCAGGGGGCCUUGCAGGUUGUCAGUGCAGAGGCGCAAGCCUUUAAAGAGCCAGUGCCUGCUGUACUGACUAGCUACACAACAUUAGGUGCUCCUGGAGGAGGAAGAGAGUCUACAGGAGAAGCAGGUGCUACCUCCAUAUUGGCAUCCCAGACUCAGCUUGUCGCCACGACAACCUUCAAACAGGCCAGUCAGGCCCCGGUGGAAAUCAUCGGGAAACCUCAGCCUGCUACCCUGAACCAGCCUGCUACACCUGGAACCGCUCUGGAGUGCCAGCAGUACCCGGAUCCUGACGUCUCCACGUACCAGUACGAUGAGAGCUCUGGCUAUUACUAUGACUCUCUUACAGGCCUCUACUACGACCCAAAUUCACAGUACUACUUUAAUCCCCAUACACAGCAGUACAUGUACUGGGAUGGGGAAAGACACACGUAUGUUCCUGCCUCGUCACAGUCGUCCGAUGACGCCACAGGAGCGACCUCUGACCCUACAGGUGCUCCCAACAGCAGCAAGGACAAGAAGGACAAGCCCAAGAAUAAGACCGCACAGCAGAUUGCCAAAGACAUGGAGCGGUGGGCCAAAAGUCUGAAUAGGCAGAAGGAGAAUGGGCGAGGAUCCUCCUCUUCCUCGCUGAGCACAAACGCUCGACUGAUGGUACAGGGGAGACCCGAUGACAGGCGGGAAUCUGCCAGUGCUGAUGCAGGCUACGCUGUCCUGGAGAUGAAGGGUGCCUUGCUGGAGAGACCUCAGAUUCUGAUGGAACAGAUCAAACAUCCAGAAGAAAGAGAACAGAGUCCUCCUCAGGGUCUGGUGGCAGGCUACAGUGGAGAGACCGACAGUGAGGAGGAGGCCGGAGAGCGAGAGGAGAGACUGACAGACUGGUCGAAACUGGCCUGUCUGCUGUGCAGGAGACAGUUCCCCAGUAAAGAGGCUCUGAUCAGACAUCAGCAGCUCUCUGAGCUACACCGAGUGAGUCAUGCACGUCACAGGAUGCCUUGAGAUCUGCCAGCUUGAGCCAUGCCACUUCUGAUUGUUCUUAUAGACCUUAUUCAGAGCAGUACCUUGACGGGUAUGAAAACGAGGCUGUGAGGGAUAGACUUGCCGAGCUUUCAAUGGUUUCCGCUGUAAAAAGUUUUAUACAGUCCCUAGAUCCUUUAUAAUUUUCCACAGCUCAUGUUGUCUGGAGUUCUUUGUCUAUUAAUUUUCUGGAAAGAUAUUUUUGCAGUUUCAUCAGCAGAACAAUCCAUAAACGCAUUUAA